AUAUACAGUAAUAGAGAGAGGUUGUGUGUAAUGUGAGGUUUACGUGAGGUUUGUAAUGUGAGUUUGGUCACAUGACCGCGAAACUGACGUUCAUAAGCUUAUGACCGACACAUUUUGACGUUCAUACGUUAUUUUUACGAGACUAUAUUCAUGACAUGACGUAAACUCUGACGGAAUACUACGGAGUGCACUUCUCACUGACAAUUACAUUAAAAUCUAUAAGAAUAGAAUUUCCGUCGUGCCAUUAUUGUGUGAAUGUCUUUAUAUGUAUGUGCUACUGUACACCAGUGAAUCUCACCUAUGAAGUAUAUGUGCGCGCGCGUGUGUAUAUGAUUAAACGUUACCACACGUCAUAUAUUAAACAAUUGUUAUCAUUUCACGCUCAGACUUGUCCACAUGCCUGUAUUAAACAGGUCAAAGAGAAUACAAGCUUGAACUGUCUACUAGGUCCGCCAUUCCUCAACAUUUCCGACAAAUCAGGAGUUGAUUUGGUUUCUAAUUGGUUUGUUGUUUGUUUCAGACAAGAGCAUGUGACGUUAAAGUUUAGCACUCAUCAUGAACAAACGUAUGAAAGUUGGAUUUGCUUUCAUAUUUAUUUUGAACAUAGCUGUAGUAAUUGCAGUUAUUGGUGUCGUGGUGUCACUACAAACCGAAAAGCAAUCACAAGGUCAGCUUACAAAGGAACAAAUCGACAAUAUAUACAUGGAACACGUGACAACCAUUGCUAUGCCCAGUCUUACACGGACAAAUGCAGAAAAACCGACCAUAUCAGCAGAAUUGCUCAAUUUAUUAAAGCCUAUAGCCUACUUCCCGGGACUAGACUUUAGUCACACUGAUGAUGAAACCCUUACAGACACACCAUUAAGAAAUUGGGUACCUUUUGUCGGACCAGAGAGACAACUUUUGUACAACGGAAUGAAGUGUGAGAAUGGCAGUAUCAUAGUGCCCGCCACUGGAGUGUAUGCCGUAUAUAGCCACAUCAAGUUUUACACAGAAAGAAAUAAUCAUGACGAUGCUGAGUCUGAUUUUCAUCAUAAUAUAACACGGUACAGUGCACUGAAGCAAGAGGCAGAAACAGUAUUGAGGAAUGUCAUCAGCGAGAACAAAAACAGCAUCAUUGAUGGGGCAAGUCUGGAGUACUCCAGUGAUGUUCAUGGAUUGGUGCAGCUGGACGCUGGUGAUCAGCUGACGGUGAAAGUAUCAGGGUUGAAUCCACUGAGACAUGACAGGGACUGGCAUUUUUUUGGAGUAUACAUGACGUGAUGGUUCCCUACUGGCAAUUUUACAGUUGUCGAGGUUAAGGAGGUUUAAUGAACACGUGCAUGUGAUGUAUACAUUAUAAAUGGAUUCUGGGAAUACACGAAAAUGGCACAUUGAUAACAAUU